AUGGAUCGUCUAGAAAAACUAAAGGUACCUUUAUCUGCGGCGUUAUCCUCAUUGCCUUCUCCUCCAGAUAAUUUACGUUCAGAAGAGUGGAAUGAACUUCACGAAUGUAUUUCAAUUUUGAAACCGGUGGAACAAUUAACAGUCAAAAUUUCUGGUGAGCAGUAUCCAACAUUGUCUUCUGUAAUACCAUUAAUUCGUGGCACACAACAUUUAUUAAGGAACAACUUCCCUGAUACUGACAUCGCGAAACAGUUAAAAAAGACACUUGUAGAUGUUAUUGACAAUCGCUUAGGGUGCGUUGAAAUUAAUAAAACAGCCGCUAAAGCUACGUUUAUGGAUCCUCGAUUUAAAAAGGCAGCAUUUGGAACGGAAGAAAACGCUGAUCGUGUACAAAGAUAUGUUGUAGAAGAAUUGACUCAAUUCAUGAGGUAUAAUUUGAUAAAUCAAGAUCGUUCGUCCACCUCAAAUUCUUUUCAUGAGUCUCAGGAACAACAGCAACAAAGCACUGAAGGAUACGAAGAACUGUGGCAACAUUUUGAUCAAAAAGUGCACGAUCAUAUGAACGUCGAAACUCCUACAUCCUCCGCGCUUAUCAAAGUAAAACAGUAUGUGGAACUUCCUUACUUGGAACGAAAAUUAAAUCCGAUUGAAUUUUGGGAGAAUAGAAAAAAAAUUGAUAGCGGUUUGUAUGAAAUAUCACUUAAAUAUUUAAGUAUACCAGCUACAUCGGUGCCGUCAGAACGCGUAUUUUCUAAGGCAGGUCUCGUUUGUAAUCAACGAAAAAACAGAUUAGAACCGAAGAAAAUUGACCAAAUAUUAUUCUUAAAUGCCUAUUUAAGUUCUGAAAAAGUAAAUAAUAUUGAUUGA